AUGAGAGAUCCCAAAUUAAUCAGUUACCGAAAGCUAAUCCUAGAGUUAAUUGAAGAGUUUGAUGAUAUUACCUUUCAUUACCUCUCGCGAGACGAGAAUCAGAUGGCCGACGCCUUGGCUACACUAGCUUCCAUAAUCAAAGUAAAUGAACAGGAGAAUAUGAAGCCAAUUCAAAUGAGUAUUUGUGAGGCUCCAGCUCACUACUGUAAUGUCGAUGAAGAGGAAGAGAGAGGUGAUCAUCCUUGGUAUCAUGAUAUCUUACAAUAUGUGAAGAGCCGUGCGCACCCAGAUCAAGCAACCGAAAAUAAUAAAAGAACAUUGAGGAGGUUAGCCAGUGACAAUGUCCUAGACGGUGAGAUCCUAUAUAAAAGGAGAAAGGAUCAGGUGUUGCUAAGAUGUGUUGACGCUGUUGAGGCAAAGAAAAUUCUAGAGGAAGUCCAUGAUGGUGUCUAUGGGACACAUGCCAAUAGUUUUACAAUGGCUCGACAAAUCAUGAAAUUCGGAUAUUAA